GCCGCUUAUCGUACCUAAUCUUUGGACUGCAAAUCCUGGACUGCAAACCUCACUGCCCAAAGGACCGUCAAUCUUUCACACGAAGCAAUUCGCGUCGACGUCAUGCGUGCACUCCAUUUGAGCUCUUUUGGUACUAGUACUAGCGUUAUUGCUCGCCUAUAAUACACGCAAGAGAUGGCUCAUCUGAUCUUCCUAGCAAUAUUGCGGCGCACACAGAUAUCAACUAUCCACAAGAAUGGGGUCAGGUUAGCCACGUUGCACUCUACGUCCGCAAUCCAAAAAGAGGGUUUGGGAGAUUUUGCAUUAACAGACCGAGUUGCGAUUGUCACCGGAGGCAACCGUGGUCUUGGACUCGAGGCCGCACUGGCGCUCUCUGCGGCCGGUUCGCGUGCAGUAUAUUGUUUAGAUCUCCCGGAAAAGCCAGGUGAAGAUUGGAACAUCGCUCGCCUCAGCGUAGCAAAACUUGGGGGUGCAGGAAGACUUGAAUAUGUGACUACUGACGUUCGCGAUCAGAAAAGGUUGCUUAAAACGGUAGAAGAAAUUGCAACAAAGGAGGGGAGGAUGGAUAUAUGCGUCGCAGCAGCAGGCAUUUCUGGAGUCGCGCGGCCUUGCUUGGAGUAUACAGAAGAAGAGCUUGAAGAGGUUUAUGCUGUAAACAUCAAAGGAAUGUUCUUUAGUGCCCAGGCUGCUGCAAGGCAAAUGUCUCGGUUCCAGAUACCAGGAAGCAUUAUCCUCCUGGCCUCCAUCGCUGGUAGUGUUGUUCUGAAACACACGCCAAUUCUUCCAUACAAUACCAGCAAAGCUGCAGUGAUACAGAUGGCCCGCGUCAUGGCAUGUGAACUUGCACAUAAGAACAUCAGGGUGAACUCGCUGUCACCAGGUGUUAUUGAGACACCCAUGACGGCAGCAGCAUUUUCUGCGAAACCGGAAUUCCGAGCUAUAUGGUCAGAGCAAAGCUUCAUGAAUAGACUUGGCAAGCCUCACGAACUGCGUGGAAUUAUGACGUGGCUGGCAUCCGACGCAUCGAGCUUUUGUACGGGAAGCAAUAUCGUUGUCGACGGUGGAUAUACCGCAUGGUAGAGUCGUUUUGAGCCCUGGUAUUUGUACAUCGACAGAAUUUGCGCGGAGUCGUCUAAACUACGAAAGUACAUGUCAAGUACUAUCUUAUCUUCUAGGUUUCUCCGCAUCGGUUUAAGUGUGGAGUUGAUCUACGUUGUCUUGAACCUUGAGCUUGUGCUUGAUUCAACGUUUGAACCUCUAGACUCGCAUAUCUAUAAUUUCACCAACUCUCGUCUCUUUUGCAACACCCAUGCUAGCUUUUCUGAUCUGAUGUCAGAAGUGGUUUGUAGACCUUGUUACUAUAUAACUGCGCAGCCGUUGGUCACGAC